GAGCUUGAAGCGGGCAGUUUGGGAGAAUCUGGCUGAGAUACCGGAGCUGAAGCUUGUGGCGUGCAACGGCGCCUCGUCCUCGCUGAUGCUCGACUCAAUUAUACAGCUGAAGAGUGCGAGCAGAUGGAUGUCAAAAUUGUGACUCCUGAAGCGAUGAGGAGAAGUUUUCUCGGAAUGUCUUUGGCUGACAUUCAGCGCUUCAUUCUCGAACGCCUCGCUGUUGCUCGGUGAGCUCCAGUUUGUCGAAAUUUGAAUAAUAUGCAUUAGAUUUCUGUUGGAUUGCUGAUCAUGUUGACUAUUUGUUCGAAGAUGCAUCACUUAAUGUUAGGAUUGCUAAUAAAUUGCUGGGACAUCGUUUAUGAGUGGUCAAAUUGCUGGGCUAGCUCAGAAUAGACAACUGGGUAUGAUGCAGAAUGCUAUCAAUGUUGAAGCCACCAAUAUCCUCCCCAAACACUUCUUCAUAGCAUAUUCAACAACAGAGACAGCAACACCUCAUCCAGCAACAAUUAGCUUCUUCGCAGUUGCUUCAAAAUUCAGCAGGCAUUAACCCACAGCAUUUGUCUCAAAUAGCACAGCAGCAAACACAAGCCCAAUCACCGAUGCAGCAGCCUCCACAACUGCAGCAUUUCCACCAGCAGCAGUCACCGAGAAUCGCUGGGCCUGGAGGCCAGAAAUCUGUGAGUUUGACUGGAUCACAGCCAGAUGCUGCUGCAUCAGGAGCAACUACACCAGGUGGCAGUUCAAGCCAAGGCACAGAAGCCGGUAUUCAACUUCUUGGGAAGAGAAAGAUACAAGAUCUUGUGUCACAGUUGGAUUUAAAUGUAAAACCUGACCAUGAAGUCGAAGAGCUUCUAUUAGAAAUUGCUGAUAACUUCAUUGAUUCGUAACUGUGGCAAAUCUUCAACUGCGGAGGCCAAGGAUGUCUUGCUGCAUGCAGUGGUCUAUUCUGCUAGAUAUUAUUUGUUCCCCUGUCAUAAGAUUCAGUGUUGAGAUGUAUCUCGUAUUUUGUUAAGGAUAUCCACAAUGGUGGC